CUCCAAUUCUCCAAACUUCGCCAUUUCCAGAGCUCUGUUCUGUUCCCAAUUCCCAGAGAAAACCCCAUCAAACAAACCAUGACCCAUUUCCCCCUCGCCCUGCUUCUAACCCUCGCCGCCGCCGCUCUCUUCCAAACCCUCCCGCCGGCCGCCGCUCGUCAGAACUACUCAGGACUCCAAUCCCUCAAUUGCGACGCCUCCGACGAACUCGCCCCGUCCCCAGAGUUUCUCUACACCUGCAACGGCCUCAACCGUUCCUGCCAAUCGUUUCUCAUCUUCCGGUCCACUCCCGAUUACAGCUCCCCCGCCGAAAUCGCGGAGCUGACGUCAUCCGACGCCGCGAAAAUCGCCCAAUUCAACGCCGCAGAGGAUCCCUCCUCUGUUUUCGAUUUGGGUAAAGACGUAAUUGUCCCCGUCGCCUGCUCUUGCUCCGGCGACGGCGAGCGGUACUACAGGGCGAACUCGAGCUUCACCCUGACGAGAUCCAUGGGGACGUACUACGUCGUGGCGACGGAUCUGUUCGAAGGGCUGGCAACCUGCGCGGCGAUUAAGCGCGGGAACCCAUUUCCGGACCGCGAAUUGAAGCCAGGGAUGACAAUCCAAGUCCCCCAACGGUGCGCCUGCCCGUCGGCGGAUCAGGUCGCCGGCGGGGUGAAUUACUUGCUCACAUACCCGAUCAGCUCCGACGACAGUGUCUCCGAUUUGGCCACGAGGUUCAAUGUCAUGCCGGAGACAAUAAUGGAAGCAAACGGUCUGACCCUAGACUCGAAAUUGAGCCCGGGUACCACAAUUCUGAUUCCGCUCUUGGGGCUUCCCCUGAGCUCAAUGAGUAAAGUACACAGAAGGGCUUCUGAAACUGGAACUCCGUCGGGGCCCGAGGGCCCCGACAGAGCUCCGAAAUCGAAGGUGAAAGCACUCGAGCUGGCGGGACUAGCCGCAGCCUGCUUCCUGCUUCUACUCAGCAUCGCUGUGGCGGUGGUUUCUGUGAUUCAGAGGAAGAGAAGGAAGAAGAGAGACGCCGGCGAGAUGAGGAAGGAGAGACUGAAGCAAGAUCUCCGAGUCGAGAUAGCGAGCUGCGAGCGAGCUCUGAAGGUUUUUGGGAUCGACGAGGUUAACAAGGCGACUGGGAAUUUCAGCCCUGGAAAGAGAAUCAAGGGCUCUGUUUAUUCAGGGGAGUUUGGGGAGAAAGUAUUGGUGGUGAAGAAGAUGAGCAGAGAGAUUGAUAUAUCGCAGGAAGUCAACAUUCUGAUGAAGAUUAAUCAUUUCAAUGUGAUAAACCUCCAUGGAGUUUGCGACGAUGGGCAGAGCUUCUAUCUGGUUUCUGAGUACAUGGAAUUUGGAUGCCUGAAAGACUGGCUCAAGAGAGGGAGGAAAGGUGGUGGAAGAAGGCGGAGUAGGAUGGGAGAUUAGGGUUCAGAUCGGUCUGGAUGUUGCCAAUGGACUUUACUAUCUCCAUAACUUCACCAAGCCUGCGUAUGUUCAUCAGGACAUUAAGACGAGCAAUGUGCUACUCGACAGUAACCUUAGAGCCAAGAUCACGAAUUUCAGCCUGGCAAGGUCUGCGGCUAGGGACACUAAUGUCACGGUGCACUUGGUCGGGACGAGAGGGUACAUGGCGCCGGAGUACGUGGAGACCGGGGAGAUCACCCCGAAGAUAGAUGUCUACGCGUUCGGGGUCGUGUUGCUGGAGUUGAUCACGGGGAAGGAAGCUGUUUUGGUUGUAGGGAACGGGAAGGAGACUCUACUUUCGACAACAAUGGUUUCGCUGGCGGAGAAAGGAGGACUGGAAGAGGCUCUAGCUUCGUACAUUGAUCCUAGUAUGAGAGAAACUGGAGUGGAUGUGGUACUACCUUUGCUGAGGUUGAGCUUGGCUUGUUUGAGACGGGAACCUGAGGCUAGGCCUAGCAUGGAAGAGGUGGUCUCGAGUCUAGUGAAGAUCUUGACGGAUUUGAGGAGAACGAAAUCACUGGCCGAUGAUUCGGUUACUGAUCAAUCGGUGACCCCUCUUCAACGUGCAUCUAGAGUUGAGAAUGAUUGCAGUGUUGAGACUGCAUCAUGGUAAAUGAUCUAUUUGAUAAUAAUGUAGAUAGAAAGAUCAACUAAAUUGUGCAAAAGAA